GUCAGUGUCGUGUGAGUUUACCAAAAGCUACGCGAGCCGUCCAAGGCACUUGGAAUAUUUUUCUAGGUAUUCCUGGUCGAGUUCAAGAAGUACAUGUUCAAAGACAAGUCUUUGUUAAAUCGGAGAGUCUCGACGCAGGUUAUAUUUAUGACCGAGUCGCAAAUAAAUUACAUCUCUACUGUAAUUUAAUGCAUUCGGCAAAGAGCCUUACCUUCUGUCGUUUCCAGAAAACUUCCAGUUCUUCAGGUUUCAAUGUUCUGGAUGGCCUGAGCGAUGGUAGCCAUAGUUACUACGGCACCGGUUUUCUUAAUAAACAAUGUGGCAUGACAAUCGAAAAUCCAACGAAUGUUGACUUUGGGACGUGGCGGUGUUCUGUAGGUACCCGCAAGCUGGUUGCAGCAAAUAUGGAAGAACAGCCACCCAUACAAGCAUUGAUUAGCACAACUAGCUCUGUUCAUUCUGAAACAGACGUCGGACGAAUUGCAUACGAGCAUGAAGACACAUCAACAAUUUUCAUACGUGUGGACCAUCCGUUCACUUUACAUUGCCGCAAGGAUACUAUUAAUUUACGAUAUUGCUGGUUCCUGCAUCCGAAUGGAACGCAGUACACUCCUGUAGUUGGGCAAAAUGAAACUAAUUCUCAUGAUUUCUGGUAUGAAGGGGAGAGUCUUCAAUCAGGUGAUUGUGGUAUCACGUUUAGAAGGGCGACUAACGACGACGCAGGGGAAUGGACAUGUCAUAUGGGUGCUAGAAACACAUAUGGCGUAGAAAUUGCAGACAAAAUAAACGUGAAAGUGACUGGCGCCCUGGCUGCGAAUAGAAAGAAUAUUACAACAAAAAUUGGCGACACUGUACACCUGUUUUGUCACACAUCGAACGGUAAUAAACCAGUGGAGUAUUGUAGAUUCUUGUCGCCUCAGUUUACGGGUAUUCAUAUACACACCACGAUUACGGAAGAAAACGCAAUUGAUGGCAACUACUACUUCACACCCGGAAAAGAUCUGAGUCAAGGAGAUUGUUCCCUGACUAUCAAAAGUGUUCGACAGCAGGACAUAGGGUCGUGGUCCUGCGCAGCUCUAAUUAUUGAUACUAUAAUGGAAGCCAGCGAUGACAUCUACCUUAGUUACGAAACAGAGUGAAACAAUCUAAAAAAUAGAAUACUUCAAAGUUACGUCGUUUUAAAAUGACAUUUUGGAUGGAAAAUUGACUUGAG